UCUUCUUCUUCUUCUUCUUCUUCUUCUUCUUCUUCUUCCAUUUGUCCAUCUCAGUUUCUUCUUCUUCAUCAGUGAUUAGUGAGCAAUGAUGAAGAGAUUUGCGUUCGAGGAGAGGGAUAUGGCGGGCAUGCUGCUGACCGUGUCACGGGAGCAGGCGAUGCCCAUGCCGGUGCUGGUUGCCGCGCGUGGUGACCGCGGACAGGAGCGCGCGUUCGUGUGCAAGACGUGCGACCGCGUGUUCCCGUCGUUUCAGGCGCUGGGCGGGCACCGCGCCAGCCACAAGAAGCCGCGGAUGGACGGCGACAGCGACCUGAAGCCCAAGAUGCACGGCUGCUCCAUCUGCGGCCUGGAGUUCGCCGUCGGCCAGGCUCUCGGAGGCCACAUGAGGCAUCACCGUGCCAUGGUUGCCGGAGGCGGCGGUGUCGUGCCGGCACCGCCGGCGACAACAAGCAACAACUCCGUCGUCAGUAGCAACGCCCUUGUCGGCAGCGGCAGCAUCAAGCCCGGGCUGUGGCUCGACCUGAACCAUCCACCGUGCGAUGAUGGCAACGGCAUGGACGCUGAUCACGGCGAGUGCGGCCACGGUGCCCCCGCCGCCGGGUAUAAGUUCCACCAGUUCUUGGAUAACAGCACCAUGGCGGUGGACUGCGUCGGCUACUAGCUCCUCUUCUUCUAUUGCCGGGUUUUUGCCGGACAGUAGAAUAUCUCUGUGUGGCACUGGAGUACUACUUUUGGAUCUCCUUUAUCUUUCUUUUUCUCUUGGAUGAAGACAUUAAUCCACGUUUUGUAUAGCGGUAUAUAUAGUAGAUGAGUGCCUAAUGGAAGGGCGUGACGGACAUACAUCAUUUCAUAUUGAGAUGACAGUGUGCUUAAUUUGGUGGCUUGGAGGCCCGCCAGACCUAAUUACCUUGGGUUUUCCUGCUAUUAUUAUUGAUGAAAAAACCUUGGGUCAAGUGGCCCAAU